GUCAGAGAGAGAGAGGAGUGUGUUCAGCAGAGAGAGACUGAAGCGACGCUUGCAACACGAUGGACGACUACAACCUUCCCUUCUGGAUCUACCUGGCCGCGGCGGCAGUGUUUGUGGGCGGGGCCAUGAAGAGGAUCCUGGCGUCCCACCUGAGCGCGGGGCCCACCCUGGUGGCCUGGCUGGGGGCCACGGUUCUGGUGGAGCGGCUGUGGGCGUUCUGCCUGCCGGCCGUGCUGCUGCUGGUUCUGCUGGCCGUCGUCUGCUGCGUCCGCUCCGGCUCCGGGACCGGCCCGCAGCCCGGCUCGUCCGUGGAGGGCAAAGCCGUCUUCAUCACAGGCUGCGACACCGGCUUUGGGAACGCUGCGGCGAGACAUCUGGAUCUGGGUCUGGACGUUUUCGCCACCGUUCUAGACCUGACAGGAGACGGAGCCAGAGCUCUGCGCAGAAGCUGCUCGUCCCGCCUCACCCUCCUGCAGGUGGACAUCACGCAGCCACAACAGGUGCAGCAGGCGCUGCUGGACACCAAGGCCAAGCUGGGCCUCCGAGGUCUGUGGGGUUUGGUCAACAACGCAGGUGUGUGUGUGAACUUGGGAGACGCAGAGCUGUGCUUGAUGUCCAACUUCAGACGCUGCAUGGAGGUUAACUUCUUCGGCACGGUGAGCGUCACCAAGAGCUUCCUGCCGCUGCUGCGACAGGCCAAAGGUCGCAUCGUCAACAUCUCCAGCCCAGCCGGUGACCAGCCGUUCCCCUGCCUGGUGGCGUAUGGAGCGUCCAAGGCGGCGCUGAACCUGUUCACUGAAACCCUGAGGCAUGAGUUGGUUCCCUGGGGGGUCAAAGUGAGCACCGUCCUGCCGUCGUCAUUUAAGACAGCUCCCUCCAGCAACAAUGCGUACUGGGAGCAGCAGCACCAGCAGCUCCUCCAGAGUCUGUCUCCGGCGCUGGAGGAAUACGGCGAGGACUACAUCGCCGAGUCCAAGAACCUGUUCCAGAGCUUCGCUGAGCACGCCAACCCAGACUUCAGCCCCGUGGUGGACGCCAUUGUCCAUGCGCUGCUGUCGCCACAGCCGCAGACACACUACUUUGCUGGGCCCGGCAUCGGCCUCAUGUAUUUCAUUCACAGCUACUUCCCACUCAGCAUCAGCAACCGCUUCCUGCAGAAACAGUUUGUGAAGAAGAAGCUGAUGCCACGCGCGCUGAGGAAACAGUCAGGUCUGGAGGCGAACCUCGGCCUCAUCAACAACAACAACGAGGAGAAGCUGCAGCCGCAGUAAAGCGUAGAGGACCACUCCAGUAACACUCAUAGAGCCAGAACCCUUCUGUUUGACUCCGCCCACCUAGGAGGACUCACCUGGACGUCGGGAGGCGGAGCCUGUUAGCCAUAGAAGUACGAGUCGAUCAGAGAACAGCAUCAGGUGUGCUCUAUGUGCCUUCAUCACUAAGAGAGCAGAACACACAUGGACCAAAGGGGGGGCUCACGUCAAUCAUUCAGUCACCGGUUCCUUAGACUCCAGCCGCUUGACAUCCCUGAACUCCUGAAGUGAGCGCUCUCAGUCAAACAAGCUACUGCCCGACCGUCAGCCUCUCUGUUUUACCUCAUCACACUCCUCUGAAAGGACGUGGCCAAUCUCUUCAAAAUAAAAGUCCCCACAUUGGUGA